CUUCAAGCAGGGCCCCCGACAUUUCUGCCGUCUGAUGGCGAAAGCGGCAUGGGCCGAAGCCGGCGGCGGUUGGCCCUAGGAUGUCGAGGAAGCUCCAAGAUUCCUUCACCGGACCGCUGCGGGAUGCCAGCGGGAAGUUGGUGGUACCGCCCAGCACCGGCAGCUCCAACAACCUCUUCUUCCGCUGGGAAGACGACGGCGAGCCGGUGCUGAUCUGCGAGGUGCCGAUCGCCCAGCGGGCCCUGCGCUUGGAGCGGAUCUUGCCGCACAACGCCUUCGCGGACUGGGGUCCGAUGGUCUUUUUGUGCGACUACGUGAUUUCCUCUCACCGGCAGUUGUUGAGGAGCGGCAAGCGGGUGGUGGAGCUGGGCUGCGGCAUCGGCCUGCCCUCGAUGGUCUGCGCCGCCCUGGGCGCCCGCGUCCUCGCCACGGAUCUGCCGCAGGCGCUGGAGGACAUGGAGCUGAACGGCGCGGCCAACGCCUGGCCGCAGAAGAUCUGGAAAGUGGUGGGGGGUGGUACCGAGGGCGUGCCGGUGAGCAAGGAGCGGGGCGGGAAGAUCGAGAAGGAGAAGCUGUCGCAAGGUGCUCUGGUGGAAGAGCUGGAGCUCAAGCGCGACAUGAACGUGAUGCGCUACCGGCGCAUGACGGGCACCGGGCCCACGGAGGGCUGGGUGCAGCUGCUGCGGCCCAGCGGCAUCAAGCCGCUGCUGGUGAAGACGGAGCUGCGGCCCCCGGCGCAGAAGGCGAAGGGUACGCUGGGCCACGGCUCCCUCAUCGUCACGGGCCUGCGCUGGGACGAGAACGAUGCCUUGAGCCUCAUGCGCCGAGUGGAUGAGCUGGAGGCCGCGGCCGAGUCCCUUCAGCCGGUCGGCCCGGAGGUCCCGGCCAAGCGAUCCGACAGCUUCAUCAUGCUGCCCGGUCAGAUCUUGCGACCGGACGGCUUCCCAAAGCUCGCCGACCUCGUGCUGUGCGCGGACGUGGUCUGCGAGCCCGCCUACGGCGAGUCCUGGGAGCAGCUCGUGGAGGUCAUCGAGAAGAUCUUGGCGCCGGAGGGGCACGCGGUGAUCGCGCUGAGGCGCCGAAGCUACGACGGCGUGGAGAAGUUCAUCAUGCGCUUGGCGCGGAAGUUGCGGUUCCAGCGCUACCGCUGCCGCAAGGGCGACAAUGGGGUGGACCUGAUUUGCGCCGCCUGGCCCAGCAAGGCCGAGCAGUUCGAGCAGUCGGUGGACUCCCCGCGCAACCCCCGCGACUCGAUGUACGCGGCCUUCGGAGCCUUGGAAGCCGCCUAGGACCAAGACCCACGGCGAGAUGCUCUGCGGGGGGGAAAAAACAUGGCACGGGCGCUCACUCUCCCGGGUCUAGUUGGACUCAAAC